UUUUUGUUCAUCGGCUGGCAUCUGUACACAAGCACCACACACAUGUUCGGCCGCCUGAGCUGUCUCCCUCCCUCUAUCUCUCAGUGCGUCAGUCGCUUGCAUCUUAUCUCAGUCUACACCGCAAGCACCCCCUCCACCUCCUUCAUCAUGCCCGUUGACCUGUACUACCUGCUCAUGUCCUUCCCGUGUCGCGCCAGUAUGCUCACGGCCAAGGCUGUCAACCUCGAGGUGAACCUGAAGAAACUUGAUAUCUUCUCAGGGGAACAGAUGAAGCCGGAGUUUCUGGCACUUAACCCACAGCACUGUGUCCCUACCCUAGUGGACGGUGACCUGACCUUGUGGGAGAGUCGCCCCAUCUGUACGUACUUGGCGUCCCAGUAUGGUAAGGACGACUCCCUCUACCCCAAAGAUCCCAAGGCCCGCGCCAAGGUCGAUCGUCUCCUUUACUUCGACAUGGGAACACUGUGUCACCGCUUCGGGGAGUAUGUGUUCCCAGUUAUGUUCCGGGGCGAGACAACCUUCAAACCCGACAAACUGGAGAAAGUACACGAAGCACUAGGCUGGUUGGAUGGCUGGCUGGCUGGACACGCCUGGGUAGUAGAGGACAACAUUACCGUAGCAGAUCAUUCCCUGGCUGCUACUGUGGAGACGAUUAAAGCUGCAGAUAUCGACCUGACGAAGCAUAGCAAUGUUGUGAGUUGGUUGGGUAGGUGUAAGGACAAGAUGCCAGGGUAUGCUGAGAUAAAUAUUGAAGGUUGUGUGGAAUGGGGCAAGUUUUUCAGGUCUAAAUGUAACUUGUAAACUUUGUGGAGACUUUUAAUGUGAUCUAUAGGUAAACUUUGUGGAGACUUUUAAUGUGAUCUAUAGGUAAACUUUGAUGUAAACUUUGAUGUAAACUUUGUGGAAACAUUGAUGUAAACCUGGAGUAAACUUUGCGUAAUUUUUGUAAACUCUUAUAAACUUUGGUGUAACUUUGUAUGUCAUGUUACAUCUAGAAUAUACACUAUCUUAAACAA